AUGCUUUUUAGAGCCCAUCGUCUUUUUGCAAGAUUUUCCAAGCCAACAACUGCUGUUGGAGCAUUUGAAAAAUUCAACUUUCCGUCAGAAAUUCUUAAAAGCUUCUCAGAGGCAGGGUUUACAAAGCCAACAGAGAUUCAAGAUAAAUGCUGGGGACCGAUUUUGAAAGGGAAAGACUUGAUUGGCAUCGCGAAAACAGGAUCAGGAAAGACUCUUGCAUUUGUUGCACCUGCAAUAGUACACAUAAAUAGCAGGGAAAAAAUAGAAGUAAAAUCUAUAUAGAGAGGUGAUGGUCCAAUAGCGCUUGUGAUUUCUCCCACAAGAGAGCUUGCUUUGCAAACUUCUAACUCUCCGUCCGUGGUUAAAAAAAAUCUGUUUGCUUCCAGAGGGGGUUAAAUUUUUUUUAUAAAUUUUAUAGUAAUCUUUUUUCAAAAUUUACAAUAAUCCCAAUUCGCAAAAAAUCGGAGAGCAAAUAUUAAUUUAAUUUGCAAAUUAUGUUUUAAAAUGCAAGCUGCUUUAAAUUAAACAGAGAUUUCAUUGUAAUAAUUAUCGCUUACAUAUCAAAAUUUUUUGAAAAAAAAUUAUUUUUUAUCUCUCAAGAAGGGUGGGUUUUUGGGCAAAAAAUAGGGAAUUUUCCAAGAGUUUGUUAGCUCACGGACAGGGAAGUAAGGAAUUUAAUCACUAUGGGCAUCCUCUUGACAUUAAAAGCUCAUGCGUGUUUGGAGGAGUUGACAAAGAAGAUCAGAGAUCAAAUUUAUUCAAAGGGAAGCCUAUGCUUAUUGCAACUCCAGGGAGGCUUAUAGACUACAUCAUAGAAGGAGCUGCUAAACUUAGCAAAGUAAGCUAUUUUGUUAUUGAUGAAGUCGACAAAAUGCUUGAUAUGGGAUUUGAAAACUCUAUUAAAAAAAUUGUCCAAGAAAUCGGAAGUAAUCGGCAGACUUUGAUGUUUUCUGCAACUUUCCCAGACUCUAUCCAAAAAAUAUCAAAGGAGUUCAUGAAAGACCCAGAGGAAGUUAGAAUUGGAUCAGGGGAGUUAACCAUUAAUUCUGAUAUUUCUCACAAAAUUGAGAUGAUUGAAGAAGGCGAAAAGCUCAAAAAGCUUUUAGAAAUUCUGAAGCUAAAUCCUAUUAAAUCAAGGGUCCUAAUAUUUGUUGAAACAAAAAAAGCUUGUGAUAGGUUGGCUGCACAUUUGUCUUUUGAAGGCUACAAGGUUUCUUCAAUUCAUAGCGAUAAAACACAGUCAGAAAGGACAACUGCUCUACAGCAGUUCGCAUUAGGCUUUAGCAGAAUUUUAAUAGCAACAGAUCUAGCUGCUAGAGGGCUUGAUGUAAAAGAUAUAAAGACAGUUAUAAAUUUCGAUAUGCCAGAAAGUGCUAGAGACUAUGUCCACAGAGUUGGAAGGACGGCAAGAGCUGGGCUGCAAGGGUCUGCUAUUUCUUUUUUUACGCCUGAAGAUAAAGUUCGUGCUGAAUUUAUGAUUAACAUAUUUAAAGAGAGUAAACUCGAAAUCCCAGCCAAAUUGCAAAAAUAUGCAGAGGAUGAGAAAAAAACUAAAACAAAAGAAAACCCAAAUUCUAAAGGGAAGCAUGAAUAUAGACCUACUGAAAAGGAUAAGCAAGGACAAAAAAUGUAUAAAUGGGAAACUUCAGCUUUUAGAAGCAGCAUAAAUGAAAUUAGAGAAUCGAUAAAACCUCAAAAAAAGAAACGUAUGCGAGGAAAUGAAGCCAACGUUUUGCAUAAACUCCAAGUUGAAAAAUUAAAACACAAAGGCAAAAAACAUGAGGGACGCAAUAAAAAUGAGAAUGAUGCAAGUAAAAAUAAAAAGUCUGCACAUGGAAGAUCAAAAUCAGCACAAAAUGCAACUCAAGACAAAAUAAAAUCUGCUGAAAGGCCUAAAUCAGCUCCAAGAGCAACUCAGAAUAAAAAGCAUACAGAUGAAAAUAAAAAACCAAUGCAAAGUCAAGCAAAGCGUGAAGAAAGACCGAAAUCAAUGCAUGAUAAAACAAAAUUGACUGAAAAACCAGCACCAAAAUCAAAUCAUAAUAUCAAAAAAUCAGAAAGCCUGUCACAGAUUAAGAGGUCAAGCUCAGCACCAGCAAUUAAAUCUAGCCAAAGCGUAAAGGCACCUCAAAUUGAAUUAAAUAAAAAUCCAAGAAUUUUGAAUGUUUCUACGUUCAAAAGAAAAAAGAGUUCGCCAUCCAGCUCAAACAAUAAAAAAUAA